UUUUUUUUUUUCCUCCACUAACCUCGGGCCCCGGUGUCCCCCCGCCCGGCCAGCACUAUGCCCAUCUUACUGUUCCUGAUAGACACGUCUGCCUCUAUGAACCAGCGCAGCCAUCUGGGCACCACCUACCUGGACACGGCCAAAGGCGCGGUAGAGACCUUCAUGAAGCUCCGUGCCCGGGACCCUGCCAGCAGAGGAGACAGGUAUAUGCUGGUCACUUUCGAAGAGCCGCCCUAUGCUAUCAAGGCCGGAUGGAAAGAAAACCAUGCAACGUUUAUGAAUGAACUGAAAAACCUUCAGGCAGAAGGACUUACGACUCUUGGCCAAUCCCUAAGAACAGCUUUUGAUUUACUAAAUUUAAAUAGAUUAGUAACUGGCAUAGACAACUAUGGGCAGGGAAGAAACCCUUUUUUCUUGGAGCCAGCAAUAAUUAUCACAAUUACUGAUGGGAGCAAGUUGACUACGACUAGCGGAGUCCAGGAUGAGCUCCAUUUACCUCUUAAUUCUCCUUUACCUGGAAGUGAAUUGACCAAGGAACCUUUUCGUUGGGAUCAGAGACUUUUUGCAUUAGUGUUGCGGUUGCCUGGCACCAUGUCAGUAGAAUCAGAACAGUUGACAGGAGUGCCUUUAGAUGACUCUGCAAUCACACCGAUGUGUGAAGUGACAGGAGGCCGCUCAUACUCUGUCUGUUCUCCAAGAAUGCUUAAUCAGUGUCUGGAGUCCUUGGUGCAGAAAGUACAAAGUGGGGUGGUAAUAAACUUUGAAAAAGCAGGACCAGAUCCUUCCCCUGUAGAAGAUGGGCAGCCAGAUAUAUCAAGACCUUUUGGAUCUCAACCUUGGCAUAGCUGUCACAAACUCAUAUAUGUCAGACCAAAUCCUAAAACAGGGGUUCCUAUAGGCCAUUGGCCUGUUCCAGAGUCUUUUUGGCCAGAUCAGAAUUCUCCAACACUUCCACCUCGUACAUCUCAUCCUGUAGUGAAGUUUUCCUGUACGGACUGUGAACCAAUGGUCAUCGACAAACUGCCUUUUGACAAAUAUGAGUUGGAACCUUCACCACUGACUCAAUUUAUUCUGGAAAGGAAGUCUCCUCAAACAUGUUGGCAGGUGUAUGUGAGCAAUAGUGCAAAGUAUAAUGAGCUUGGUCAUCCCUUCGGUUACUUGAAAGCUAGCACCGCACUGAACUGUGUCAACUUGUUUGUCAUGCCUUACAAUUACCCAGUCCUCCUUCCUCUUCUAGAUGACUUGUUUAAAGUGCAUAAAGCAAAACCAACAUUGAAAUGGAGACAGUCAUUUGAAAGCUAUUUGAAGACAAUGCCUCCCUACUAUCUUGGGCCCCUGAAGAAAGCUGUUAGAAUGAUGGGAGCACCUAACCUGAUAGCAGACAGUAUGGAGUAUGGACUCAGUUACAGUGUCAUUUCAUACCUCAAAAAAUUGAGUCAGCAGGCCAAAAUUGAAUCUGAUAGAGUCAUUGGGUCCGUAGGCAAAAAAGUCGUGCAGGAAACUGGAAUCAAAGUCCGAAGCCGCUCACAUGGUUUAUCAAUGGCAAAUAGGAAAGAUUUUCAACAACUGCUCCAGGGAAUUUCAGAAGAUAUUCCUCAUAGACUGCUAGACCUUAAUAUGAAGGAAUACACUGGGUUCCAAGUUGCUUUACUAAAUAAGGAUUUGAAGCCUCAGACAUUUAGAAAUGCAUAUGACAUACCAAGACGGAAUCUUUUGGAUCACUUAACAAGAAUGAGAUCUAAUCUUUUAAAGAGCACCCGCAAAUUUCUUAAAGGACAGGAUGAAGAUCAAAUGCACAGUGUUCCUAUAGCACAGAUGGGGAAUUACCAGGAGUACCUCAAGCAAGUCCCUUCACCACUAAGAGAACUUGAUCCUGAUCAGCCUCGAAGGCUGCAUACAUUUGGCAACCCCUUUAAACUGGAUAAAAAGGGUAUGAUGAUAGAUGAAGCAGAUGAAUUUGUGGCUGGACCUCAAAAUAAACACAAACGACCUGGAGAACCAAAUAUGCAAGGAAUCCCUAAAAGACGUCGGUGUAUGUCUCCACUACUACGAGGCAGACAGCAGAACCCUGUUGUGAACAAUCACAUUGGAGGAAAAGGACCGCCUGCACCUGUCACUCAAGCACAGCCAGAUCUUAUCAAACCACUUCCUCUUCAUAAAGAUGCCACUAACGAUUCAGCACUAGAGGCUGUGGUUGAAAAUCAUGUUGCAGACCAGCUGGCAUCAGACAUUACACCAAAUGCUAUGGAUACUGAAUUUUCAUCAUCAUCUCCAUCCAAUCUACUGGAUCGACCAACAAAUCAUACAGAGGCUCUUGGUCAUGACCAUUUAGGAAACAAUGACCUCACUGUUGGUGGAUUUUUAGAAAACCAUGACGAGUCAAGAAAUAAAGAACAAAGUGCUGAAGAGAAUAUACCAGCAUCUUCACUCAACAGAGGAAAGAAAUUGGUGCAUUGCAGAAGCCAUGAAGAAGUCAAUACUGAGCUCAAAGCACAAAUAAUGAAAGAGAUCCGAAAGCCAGGAAGAAAAUAUGAAAGAAUCUUCACUUUAUUGAAGCAUGUGCAAGGCAGUUUACAAACAAGACUAAUAUUUUUACAAAAUGUCAUUAAAGAAGCAUCAAGGUUUAAAAAACGGAUGCUAAUAGAACAACUGGAGAACUUCUUGGAUGAAAUUCAUCGAAGAGCCAAUCAGAUCAACCAUAUUAAUAGCAAUUAAAAGAAAAUAGAAUGUGGCCACUUAUUUCACUAUCUUCUCCAAAUACAAAAUGGAAAAUUCAAGGCUUAAAGAGUAUAAGAAACCUGCCCAAGAUGACCUAAUGAGUAUGUGGUGGACCUCAGUUCAAAUCCAGGCUGUGGGAGUGUGGAGCCCAGCCUCUGACCAUCUGCCCUCUACCACCUCCCAUGCUGGGUGGCAUCUCACACACAGACAUGGACUUCUUUGUAACUGCUUGAAGGAGCGCUGCCAAGGCCUUCACUUUGCCCACCGAGAGCCUGGUUUUGGAACGAGACCAAGGCUGCAAGGGGACAGAACAUGAAGACUCCACGUGCCACAGAUGAGCCCCUGGUCUGCGCUCCUCCCUUAAUGCUGGUCUGCAAACUGAUGGGAAAUUCAUUCUGAUUUGUACCAGGGGGGUUCAACAUUUUUAAAAAUUCUAGGCAGAAUCUUUUGCAAAGUAAUGAGGUUUGCUAAUGUCUUGUUUUGGAAAAGCAACAUCUAGUGCCAUCAUUGAAUUUUGGGAAUUUGUAUGUGCUGGGUUUUCUUCAAGGAAGGAGUCUCCUCUACUCAGAACAGAUGAGAGCCAUCAGCACAGAGACUUCAAGUUGUGAAUGUUAAAAAUAAAACAGUAAAUCUAUUUUGUGAUAAGGGCUUGUUAAAACUCACUCUGUAACCCAGUUUGGCCUUCAACUCAUGAUCCUUGGAAUCCUCCUGCCUUUGUCUCCCAAGUGCUGGGAUUAUAUGUGACUACCACCA